AUGACUCAAUCUUAAUGUGAGAGUAGCUAUGGUAUUUAGAAUUCAGUAAUAACUAAAUGCUUUUGGUGUGCAAUUAAUGCUACAAAAUGCUCCAAUAAUAAAUACUGCAAUUCCAGUAGCAUGACUUCACCUAAAUCACAUCAAGAUUGCAACGAUGCAGAUAGUAUGAAUACAAUUAAAUUUUCAUCAAGCGCAAUAUGCACAAUAAAAAAAUCAAACUGUUUUAGUUACACUUAUGAGAAUGCUUGUGUUAGCACACUUACUGGUGUAGACUGUUUUUGGAAUGGUAGCUAUUGUAUAACUAAAUGUGAAGUAGUAACUUUUAUCCCUACUUCACACUAAUAGUGUCAUAAUUGGAAUUCUAACUGUAUGUUAAAUGGCAUAUCCUCCUCAUGCUAAUUCUUAGAUUGCUCAUAAUUAUAUUUAGAUUCAGAUUGUAAUAUAUAUGCUACAAAAUGUUUUUGGAAUGGGGUAUUCUGCUAAAUUAUUGGUGAUUGUAGCUAUUAUUCUACUGAAACUUUAUGCUCAAAUAAUAAAAAUUCAAAAGGUAUUCCUUGUUUCUGGAAUAAUAGUACAUCAUUAUGUUUAGAAAAAACCUGUUUAAAUAUACCUACUGCACCAUCAAAUAACUCAGAUUGUUAUAAUUGGCUUGCUAAUUGUUAAUUUAAUGCCAAUAAUAAUUAAUGUGUAGAGGAUUGUAAUUUGGCUGACGAUUCAUUUACCACUCAUGAUUAAUGUGAGUCUUAUUAUGCUAACAAAAGUUGCACUGUCAAGCUAGAUAUUAUUUAAUGUGUAGACCUUCCUAUUUCAUGCGAAUUAGCAAAGAAAACAUAGUGUUAUUUGGACAGAGUUGGAAACUAAUGCUUUUAUUAGGAAUCAACGCAAAAGUGCUUACUUUUAACAUGUUCAAUUUUAGUUACAAAUUUUACAAGUCAUGAGCAAUGUAACGAAAAAUUUAAAGAGUGUACAAUAAAUCAUACUUUGAAUGGAUGUUAAUAAUUGAAUGAUUGCAAUAACUAUUUAAUUCAAAAAUAAUGUUAUUUUGAUUAAAGUAAUAAUUAAUGUGAAUGGAUUAUGAGUGAAAAUAAAUGUACUAUUAAGGGAUGCUCGACAGCCUAAUUGAUUCAAUAUACAGCAGAGAGUUGCCAUUAGUAUUUUGGUGAUUCAUGUACAGUAAACUAAAAUUUAGAUGGAUGCGAAAUAGGUUAAACUCUUUGUAUGAACUACAAUUAUUAACAAUGCACUAGUAAUGGGUAAAUGAACUUAAGUAGAGUAGAUUGUUUCUGGAAUGAAGAGAAAAGCAUGUGUUAGGAACGAAUAUGUGCAAAUGGACCUUCAAAUGCUUCAUCUAAUUCUGAAUGUACAACCUUUCUAUCAACUUGCCUAAAAGGUGAUUGUCGUAAAAAAGAAUGCUUUGAUUACUAUUAUGAGAAUGAUUCAGCUUGUGCAGCAACAUUUGAAGACAAACGCUGUGCAACAAAUGGAAUUCAUUGUGUUUUAAGAAUGAAAUGUGAAAAUGUAACUAGCAUUAAUGGAUGUACGUUUGAUAUUAAUUAAAAUCCUUGCGUUUGGAUUGAUAAAAAGUGUAUUAAUAAAACCUGCUAGACUGCACACCUUUCACUUACGAAAUAUGAGCAGUGCAAUUCUUAUUUGCCAUAUUGUACAGUUAAAUAAGAUGGAGGAUGCGCAAGGAAGCAGAGUUGUUAAGAUUAUCAAUUUAAAGAAGCUUGUUAAAUAGAUAAAGAGGAUUUUGAAUGCAUUUGGGACAUCCAUAUAAAUAAAUGCUUCUCCAAUUAAUGUAUCGAUUUCUGUGGGGAUGGUAUUGUUUCAAGUCAGGAUGAACAGUGUGAUGAUGGCAAUUACUUACCAUAUGAUGGUUGUUAUAAUUGUGAAUAUUAAUGCUCUUUAGGUUGUAUUUAAUGUGAAAAGGAUAAUCAUUGUGUAUAAUGUGAAAGUUAAUCUUUCUAUUUGGAUACUCAGUCAUUUCAAUGUAAAGUAAUAGUAUCCUAAGAUGAAUAAAAACCAGAUGAGGAUGAAAAUCAAUAUAUAGAGUGUGGUCAGAAUAAAGCUAUUAUCAAUAAUGAAUGUAUUACUUUAUGUGGUAAUGGAGUUCUUGAUAGUAAUUUUGAAUAAUGCGAUGAUGGAAAUAGCUAUGGGGGAGAUGGAUGCUCUUCUUUUUGUAUUGAAGAAGAUUCCUAUAAAUGUAUCAACCAAGAAAAUAAGUUGAGUAGUUGUACUUUUAUCUAACAACCUAUUUUCAAUUUGAUUUUGCUCUCCGAUAGAUAAAAUCAAACAAAAAUACUUGACCUUAGCUUCUCAUAAGAAGUUUAUUUACAAGCUGGGCUCCAUUUUGAAUAAAUUGUUGAGUUUGCCAUCUUUCCAGAGAUUCAAUUUAUAUUAUCUGUUGUUCCAUUGAAAAAUAUUACUUCCCAAUUAAGCAAUCCUCAUUAUUAAAUUACUGUGUAAUUUAAUUCUCCUGUAACAGAUCCAAUUUUAAAAAUCAAUAUCCAAUAAAAUUCUAUUCUUAAUUAAUAUGAUUUGGAUUUAUAAACUCAUAAGAAAGAAAUUCUUCUUGGAACACCCUUAGUAUUAUCAUUAGCUACGUAGGAAAGAACAAACUAAGUUAUCUCUAUGAACAAUGCAAUCAUUUAUACUACAGCUAGUAUUUCUGGGCUUCUACUCUUAACUGGCAAUUGGAUUGUAUUCUUCAAUUUACUAGACUUGUUAUAGACUUUAUCUUAUAUAAGAUAUAUGCAAUAUAGAUUUCCUCCUCAUUUAAGAUAGUUUCUUGAUACUUACACUAAGAUUUCCUUAAAACCUAUAUUGGAUCAAUUAAAAGUUGAUGAGUUUAUAGCCAAACUGAAUGGAGGCACUCUGCCAAAUUAACAAACAAACCACUGUUUUAAAUUAGUUCUAUUUAAUAAAUGCUAAAGGAUGUUACUUCUCUUACAUUAUUUCCAUUAUUACUUAUAUUAUGUGCUGUCUAAUAUCCUCAAAU